CCGGGCGCCUGCCAAGUUUUCGUCCCGUCUUUGCAGGCGUCUCGGAAGAUUUGAGUUUCAGAACGGGACUAACAUAUUGGGGCUGGAACACAAAAUGGAUGCAGGUGGACGUCCUUCAACUGGUCAAGUCAUUCUCCUGGCUACCAGCUCAGCUGCCACAGCAAUUCUGUAUGCCAUUUACAGACAAAAGUCAAAAGUUGUUCACAGCCUGAAGGGAGCCAAAAAGGUCACCCUAGACCAGGACCUGAAAAGUAUUCUUAUGGAAGCGCCUGGGAAGUGCGUCCCUUAUGCAGUGAUAGAAGGUGUUGUGCAAUCCGUUAAGGAAACCCUCAACAGCCAGUUUGUGGAAAACUGCAAGGGAGUGGUUCAGCGGCUGACAUUGCAGGAGCAUAAGAUGGUGUGGAACCGGACCACCCACCUAUGGAACAAUUAUGAAAAGAUCAUUCACCAGAGAACAAACACGGUGGCCUUUGAUCUGGUGCAGGAAGGCAGCAGCGACGUUGCUUUGAGGGUGAUGAAGCCCCUGGAUGCCUCUGAACUCAGCUUAGAGACGGUUUAUGAAAAAUUCCACCCCUCCGUGCAGUCCUUCACAGAUGUGAUCGGCCAUUACAUCAGCGGGGAGCGUCCCAAAGGCAUCCAGGAGACGGAAGAGAUGCUGAAGGUGGGGACAGUGCUCACCGGUGUGGGAGAGUUGGUCUUGGACAAUCACGCCAUCAAACUCCAGCCCCCCAAGCAGGGGAUGCGGUAUUACUUGAGCAGCCAGGAUUUUGACUCCUUGCUCCAGAAGCAAGAAUCCCAUGUCCGGCUCUGGAAAAUUCUGACGGCCGUUUUCGGCUUCACCACCUGUGCCUUGCUCCUCUUCCUCCUGCACAAGCAGUACCGUCGCCACCGGGAGAAGCAGCGCCUGCGACAAAUGAGCGAGAUGAGCGCAGCUGGCGGUGACGCAACCAGCAACACUUGCGUCAUCUGCCUGAGCAGCACCCGGUCUUGUGUCUUCCUCGAGUGUGGGCACGUGUGCUCGUGUGACAAAUGCUACCAAGCACUCCCAAGACCCCCUAAGUGCCCGAUUUGUAGACAAGAAAUCACGAGAGUCGUGCCUUUAUAUAACAGCUGAAAGUUGCCAUCUAAAAGGUCCUUGAAUGCAACCCUUCUUACAAAGGAGCGCUCUGGGAGUGUUGCUUUGAAGCCCUGCAGAGGUUCUUGGAGUUGUCUGACACCCAGUGGCUUGCAUUCUCUUCCUGCAGCCACAGAGUGAGUCGAGCCGUGUUAGCUGAGAAUCGAAAACAGGCUGCUGAAAUGUUGGUUGCCUCUGAUUUGAGACCACUUGCUAUAAACUUUGGUGGACAUGAUGCCAAAAUACAGGUUCUUCUCAAUUGAGAAUUCUCAUAUGCGCAAUUGUGCGUUACUAAUCCUUCCCCAUACGAGAAUUAACAGGAUGGUGUUUCUGGUCCGCGUGAUCCUUUUUGAACUGCGCGUCACCAGCGAUGUAUGUUUUGUUUUGCACAAAACACAUUUAAAAUCUCCAGUUCCGUGUGAAGACGCUCCAGAUUCAGUGCAAAGAAUAAACGAUACAAACUAA